AUGGCUAACGUUUUUACCGAUUCACCAAAUCAAGCACCAGAGCCCACUCAGGCUUCCCAGCAGAGACGACCGCCCAAACCUUUGACGCGACAGCCCUCACUAUACCGUAUAGUGGAAAUGACAAACAAUGCCACACCAUCUCCUGCUGCGUCUCCCGCUCCAAACACCACCAACAACACGGCAAUCAGUGAAAAGAAGUCGAAGAAAGUCGCAAGAGGAGUAAAUGAGAGCCGAAACAAAACUAGUGGCAUGAACAAGGAAGGAAAUUUGUCGAAUGGUAGAAGUCAAGGAAGUCCUGGAAAGAUAAACCAGGCCCGGAUUCCACCGUAUCACGGAGAGUCCCAGCAGUAUUCAUUUCAAAAGGCCCUGAUGGACCUAUUGAAUGCUAAAGAGACUGUUAACAAGAACGAGGAAGGCGGCGACAGUGACGAAUGCGGGGAGAAGUCUAGUUGA